CGAUGGACACGCUAUUCGAAGCCAACGAAGAAAAAGAAGAAAACCGGGAAAUACAACAACCCAUAACAAGGAAACAAAGAAUUGAAAAUGUUCUGGAAUGACUUUCAUUAAUGCCCCGAAAAGCCACGAAGGCAGACAAACCUGCAUUGCAAUUCCUCGAGCGGCCUGUGGGUGGCAGCAGACUUCAAAAUGUGCCUGAAGUCCGAGCUGCAGUCAAUCCCAAGGAUUUCUUCUCAGAGACACAAACACGCGACUUUUCAGAAAUCUGUUCAUGGGUAGACCCACAGUUUACCAGCUCAGCUGCAGCUGUGCCUCCAAGAAGACGAGGGAGGAGACAAUGGCAGACUACCACAAACCUACAUGAUCAAUGCAGUCAGCUUUCCAGAAACAAUAGCACAUCCAAAUAUCCCUCACUGUCAUUUAGCGUCCGGUCGAAGGACCAGCUUCAACAACAACCACGAGCCAGAACAACAAACAAAGGUGGAGUUUCAAAAGUGAAGAAUCAAGCUCCUCAGUCCGUUUGCCGCAGCAGAAGGAGCGUAUUGAACGGAGGUUACUCAGACAUCCCAAGAAAGCAAUUUGUCAAAAAAAGGAAUGCAAAAAAACUUUCUGAGGGUGCUGCUUCUCAGAUUAGAAGUUCGGAACGAGGAUGCAUAAUUCCAGCAGAGGGAGCCACAACACCUGCCUCCUCCAAGUUUAUAUCCACAGAGAUGAACAGUGAUUGCCCACCUCCUGAUUUGGACACUCCAGAAGUUCCUUCAAAAGGGGAACAUUAUUCCUCCUCUUCCCCUGGGCAUAUAAUGUUUGCUCUACCAUGCACGACACCAUGCAGCAGCCCACCUGACUGCUUGGUGGCUGAUACACCUGAGAGGGAUUAUGGGGUGAAGGUGACGUGGAGGAGAAGAAAGGGUUUGAUGUUGAAGUUAAAAGAAAGGGGUUAUCUUUCUGAAUCAGAUGCACUAAUUCAUUGUUAAUAUGUAUAUUUUUUGGUUUGUUUUACUUUUUUCUUGUUGCAAAUAUUUUUUGUUACUCCAAUUAAAAAGAACUUUGUUCUCCAGAGCAGUGUUUCCCAACCUUUUUUGACUUGUGAGCCCCUUUUGGCAUUUUGUCUUAUCAUGAGUAACCAUCUCAGUCAAAAGUUUUGAUGACUGUCCAAAAGUGGAAUGUACAAAACUGCAUAAUAACUUAUUAUAAAGUAAAGAGUCAUAUCAUUUCAUCUUUUUAACUUUCAUUCUUUGGAAUUUUAUUCUUUCCAACUCAUAUAAAAAACAACAAAUAUUUUCUUGGAAGCUAGUAUGGAAUCAAAAAUAAAUACAAAAUAAAAUCAUACCAUAUAUCUGCCUCUAGGAAACUAGCUCCUUUGAGUAACUCCUUUAUAAUCACAUUUAAACAUGAGGAAUUUGAAAUAAAAUACUGAAAAAUUAUUAGUCAGACUGGCUCCAUUUAUUUUACAUUGUUUUCAUCUUGACACCUGAGCUGCUUUGAUGGGCUCCAAUAGCUCAGUGUGAAGAAAACGGCUUUUAACCAGGCUGUUUCUGUGCUUGGUUUGGACGUGUGUGAAAGUUGAAGGGGAAAUCAAACAUAUGGGGAUAACUUACUUUUUGGUUGAAAAAUGCUUGUUUUAUUUUUCAGGUGGGUUCUGAUGAAGCAAAACAGAUCCCAGCCCUAUUUUAUUUUAUUAGCUGAAAAAUAGUAUAUUUUCAUGUGUCACUUGCAAUGCACUCGCGGACAACUAGGUUUAUGAGUACCCCAGGUUGGGAAUCACUGCUCUCGAGCUGCUAUAAUGGAUUAGCUUUUUAUAGAUUACUGGCUCCUAUCACUUUAAAAAAAUAAAAUAAAUAAAACAUACUGUAUUUUAACAGCUAAAAUAUUGAAAUGGCAUUGUACUGUUCCAGUUGGUUUUGUAACUACUACUUUUUUAUGUCAUUAGACUGUUAUGCCAACUAAAAUCUCAUA